UCAGCGACGGCUGGCAUUAUCGUGCUGGAAUAAACGCGCCUGGCUGGAUUAUUACCGCUUGUCUGUGAGAGCUCAAGUGCUUUGUUCUGGUUACAGUUUCCAUAAAUUAUCUUCCGUGGACACUGAAGGGUUUAUUAUGAAGAUGAGGGAUUUAUUGUGUCUGCUGGUGCUUGUACUGACCAUCUGCACGACGGUACGAGCGAGGUGUCCUAAGGUGUGUAAGUGUCCGGCGGAGCGGCCCGUGUGCACACCGGGCGUCAGUGCGGUGCCCGACGGCUGCGGCUGCUGUAAGGUUUGUGCCGCCCAGCUAAACGACGACUGCCAUGAAGACAAACCCUGCGACCAUCACAAGGGGCUGGAGUGUAACUAUGGCAACGAUGUGGCCAGUAUCCAUGGAAUCUGCCGGGCCAAACUGGAAGGCCGCUCUUGCGAAUACAAUGGCCGCAUGUAUCAGAAUGGAGAAAACUUCCGCGCGGGCUGCAAACACCAGUGCACCUGUAUCGACGGGGCGGUGGGCUGCGUGCCCCUCUGCCCCACCGAUAUUCCUCUGGCAUCGCCAUCCUGUCCCGCACCUCGACUGGUCAAAAUCCCGGGCCAGUGCUGCCUCAGCGUGGACUGUCACAGCGAGUCCUCCGUCCUCCCGCCAGUGUUCAGACGGCCGCAGCCGCCUCCGUAUCUGUUCCCCGACCUGCACACCUACAAGAAGCCCCAACCAAAGCCGUUCCCCUACAAGCCCAAAGAAUCCCUGAGCAAUGAACUCAUAGAGGUGGAGAAAAAGUGGGACAAACCGCGUAGCCGAAAGCACCUACCAGCGUGGAAGCAAGCCAAGCAAUGUGUUGCGCAGACGACAAGCUGGACGCCUUGUUCGCGCAGCUGCGGGAUGGGCGUUUCAUCUCGGGUCACCAAUGAGAAUGCGCAGUGCAAGCUGCUGAAGGAAACCAGACUCUGCAACAUUCGUCCCUGUAGUUCUGUGAAUGUGCCUAUAAAGAAGGGGAGGAAGUGCUCUCGUACCCAGAAGUCUCCCGAGCCUCUGCGUCUGCGCUACGCCGGCUGCCGCAGCACACGUCUCUAUAGGCCCAACUACUGCGGGACGUGCCUGGACGGGCGAUGCUGCUCGCCCCGGCGCACGCGGACGGCCCCCGUGCUCUUCGCCUGCCCCGACGGAGAGCGCUUCAAGAGGGCCAUAAUGUUUGUGCAGUCCUGCAAGUGCAAUGACGAAUGCGGCCACCUGAACGAUGCAGCGCUCCCGCCCCAACGUUGGCUCUAUGGUGACAUGCACAAGUUCGUAGAUUAACGUCUCGUUUGUCCAAAGACCCGCCCCCAUGUCUUUCCCUGUCCAAUAGAGUAGCGUUUCGAAGUGUAACUCUGAGUAGACGCUAGGCCGAGGCCUUAUUAUAAUGCAAAUCCAUGCGGAAAAAGGGCAAUUUUGGGUUUCCAAUCCCUUGUACCGAGAGCCUUAGAGUAGAUGCGCUUUCCGCGAGGAACCGGAAUGGGAUGAAUCCCAGUCGUGAAUAUAUACAAUGGAUCUUCUGAUUGACUGGUCCUUACCAUGAACAGUGAUGCGUUCUGGGGCACCUGCGCAAUCUAGAUGAGCCUUUAAGCAGGUUUGGAGGGGGAAAAAAUGCCUCAGUGGGAUGCUGAUUAGACACUUAAAUGUGGUGGGACCUCUCAGCUUCACAAGGGCUGACCUUUACGUCUUUUGUAGUGAUUGCUUUGCCUUGACGUUCAAAGAACUGCUGGCAAAUACAAGGGAAACUCAACGGGAAGUUGUUGUAAGCUACCCAGGUUUAGACUCAGCUGCUUGUGGACUCAACACUGAGACUGAUGGUUUCGUGAGCCCAUGACUCCGUCGACUCACCAAGCGAUAUUUGCCAAGUGCUGCUGCUCCCGGCUAAUUACAAUCUUCUUCUUUGGGGGCAGAAAGAAACCCAGUAACCCUUUGGUUUGCAAUAAAAAUAUGUUUAAAACACCAGCAUCUGAUGUAAACAUGUAAUUUGAAAGUAAUGGGUGGGUCGGUUCUUUCAAACGCUGGUCUGUAAUCUACCACUUGAUGGCAGAGCCUGGUGCAAACGGCACUGGUGUCUGUGUGUUUUAUGAUGCAGCGGUUUCCAUUUCUGCCUGGCAUUGGUGGAUGAACUGACGGAGGUCACACCAUCUGACUCAGGGAGGGUUUGAACAGGCUAAAAAAAAAAACUAAUUUUGAAUAGAAGAAGCCAUGUUGUCAUUGAAUGAUUGUGUUAGUAUAUUUUGUUACGUUUCGUUCCAUCUCUCAAUCUCAACUGAGUAAAACGGCAUUUCUGCAUAUUACAUUUCAGAUGCCAUGUCCGUUACAGCAGUCAUUCGGAGGAAGUUGUGGAAAGCUGCUGACUGAAUAAACAGCCAAUUACAUGCUGCAUGUAAACUUGAUUAAAAAAUGAACAGCUUUCUGUUGUUUCGAGUUAAUUAACCAUAAGAAUCUGACACUAAUUACGUUGUCGAAUCGAUUAAUUAGCGGAUGUUUUUAUUACUUCACCACCUGCGCGUGACGUCAUUAACGACAGUUGAACAAGCGUGAUUCAAACGACGGAGGCGCGAACAUCUCACUACUGGUUCGCAACGGUCGCAACUGCCUAGUUAGUUUUUUCUCCGUCAAAAAUGCAUCAUACUAUGGUAAUUAAGCAGAAUUGUGUCUUCGAACAGGAAACAUACCUGUGAGUAGUUCUGUGAGCGUUUUCCUCCCGUCUGGCGCGAUCUUCUGGUCUCCGAUGUUCGUCUGUGGGAUUUUCUUCACCUGUUUUAUCAUCUAGCAGGUGACAAUUUUAAGAUGUUCUCUUAUUACCAGUCAAGCAUUAUUGCAAUCAAUUUGAUUUAAUCAUAGCUGAUGUUUGUAUGCUUUAUGAAAAAAAAAUUUGUACAGACUUUUAAAAGUCUUGAGUGGAUUAUAUUAUCAGGAAAUGACAUUUAGCAGCCAUGUGAUUAAAUGUUUCAUAAAUACCUUCAUCAUGCUACACUUUCAUACUGCUGAAAACCAGACUUAUCUGGAUUUGGGUCUGGUCUAAAAUGGGCUUGUAUUAUAAGUUACUCUCAUUUGUUUUACCUCUUGAGACAGAGGACAACCACUCAACAUCCAUCAAAUAAACUGGCUUGUAAAAACGAUUGACUCCAGGUGCGUUUUUUUU